AUGGCUUCUGAUACCCCCCUCAAUGUGUUGAUGGUUGGUACGGGAGAGUACACAACUGGCUUCGUCGGCGGAGGAGCUUCCGGAUCAGACAAGAAAGUCGGAGUGGUAGGACUCACACUCUUUGAUCUACGACGACGAGGAAAAGUAGGAAAUCUUUCCAUGGUUGGAACAUCAGGCGGCAAAUUCCCAGCAAUCCGCGAACAUCUCUCCAAAAACAUCACAAACGUCUACAACAACCUCGACACCUCCUUCGAAUCCUACCCAGCAAACGACAAAACCGACCCGGAAGCCUACAAAGCCGCCAUCGACGCCCUCGCCCCCGGUUCCGCAAUCACAAUCUUCACCCCAGACACCACCCACUACCGCAUCGCGCUCUACGCAAUCGAGCGCAAGAUCCACGUUCUCAUCACCAAACCCGCCGUCAAAACCCUCGCGCACCACCUCGAGCUCCUCGCCAAAGCCAAAGAACACGGCGUAUUCGUCUACAUCGAGCACCACAAACGAUUCGACCCCGCCUACGCAGACGCCCGCUUCAAAGCGCAGAAACUCGGCGACUUCAACUACUUCUACUCCUACAUGUCGCAACCAAAGUCGCAGCUCGAAACCUUCAAAGCCUGGGCGGGUGUCGACUCGGAUAUCUCGUACUACCUCAACUCGCAUCACAUCGACAUCUGCGAAUCCAUGGUCCAAACGCUCGGCUACACACCCGUCAAAGUAUCCGCGUCGGCCUCCAAAGGCGUCGCCGUCGGUCUCGGCUGCGAUCCCAUCACCGAAGACACCAUCUCCCUGCUCGUGCACUGGGUCAAGAAAUCCGACGCCUCGAAACGCGCGACGGGCGUGUACACGGCGUCCUGGACGGCGCCCCAAAAGGCAGGCGUCCACUCGAACCAGUAUUUCCACUACAUGGCUUCUGGCGGCGAGAUCCGCAUCGACCAAGCUAAACGCGGGUACGACGUCGCAGACGACUCGCUGCCUAAUGGGUUGAUGUGGUAUAACCCAUUCUACAUGAAAUACGCACCUGACGAGGAGGGGAACUUCGCUGGGCAAGGCGGAUACGGAUAUGUUAGUUUUGAGAAGUUCGUGGAUGGAUGUCGACUUGUGAAUCGCGAGGGUGUUUCGGCGCUGGAGAAAUUAGAUGGGAGGGGUCUACCGACGUUGCGGAAUACGAUUGCGACGACGGCGAUUUUGGAGGCGGGGAGACGGGCGAUUGAUGAGGGGAGGGAGGUGGGGAUUAAGGAGGGUGAGGGAGGGGCGUGGGAGUUGGUAUGA